AUAUCUCAUUUUAAUAUUGGGCUAUGUAUUCUAUGCCUUUGCCUAUGGCUAAGCCUUACGUGUACAAUUUCUCAUUUCAUAUCAUAUCUCCAAAUUCUGAUAUUUUUUUUCUUCAAAAACUCAUCUUUUUCUUCCAUUAACCUCCAUUGUUGCCUCCUUUAAGCUCCUCCUUUUCCUCCAAUCUUUUCGACCCUUUUUUUAUUCUUCAAGACCGUUUUGAUUGUUUGAUUCAAACCAUGUUUUCCCUUUGUGAUUUUUGUAAUCUGAAGCCUGCACUUCUCUUUUGUGAGGCUGACUCUGCCAAUCUUUGUUUGUUCUGUGACCGCCGUGUUCACUCAGCUAAUACCCUCUCCGAUAAGCACUCCCGCUCGUGGAUCUGUCACAACUGCGGGCUGAAUCCCGUUUCGGUUGUGUGCUCGAAGAACAAGGUUUUGCUCUGCCAUGAUUGUAAUUGGGACUCGCACACCACCUGUUCGAUUUCGUGUCUCAACGAGUUAACUUCUGUUGAGGGAUUUUCCGGUUGCCCGUCGGCUUCUGGGCUCGCUGCUUUUCUUGGGUUGAAUUUGGAAUCUGAAAAUUCGGUGGAUUUGAGUUCUGGGUCUGACCGAGUCGAGCAAAAUUUUUUCGUUUCGAGUGAUGAUGGUGGGUCUUCUGCUUCUUUAAAGCGGAAGAACGAGCUGUGUGAGCAGUUGAUUGAGAUGGGGAAAAAGGAUCUGCUGCGAGUCGAUGUAGAUGUUGCUCAAAUGCGUCCUAAGACUCCGCCGGGUAGAUGUUCUCAACAGGAGAAUAUCGAGGGUCUUGGACAGAAGGCCGAUGGCGAGGAAUUGAGGCAAGAAACGUCUUUUGCAUCUUCAGUUGUGUUGCCGACGAGUCUGGACCUGAAACAGGGUGAUUCAGUUGCUGAAGAAGAUCAUCUUUGGGAUUAUAAUCACACCUAUGAUUCUUCUCUGAUAUGGCACUUUCAACUGGAAGAGUCAAAAGAUUGUGAAGAAUCUUGUUCAGAAGUCACAGAAAUAAACAAACCUCGUUCGUUAGUAACACCCAAGUAUGAGGUCUCUACCAUAUAUGACGAAACUCUAUCAGAAAGCGAUCAACUAUUAUCAAAUUAUGCAUCCCAAGCUGGAGAGAACACAAACAAUCAGUCAGUAGGAUUUGAAACAGAAAUGGAUUUGGAUAUUCCUGAAGGAUGCAAUAGCCCCAGUUAUGUCCAGGACUCGGGGCAUGAAGUUUUGCCAAUGAGUGAUGGUGCAAAAGGGUCAAAAUCUAUGAUGGAGAUGGAGAUGCUGGCCCAGAACAGAGGCAAUGCCAUGUUACGCUACAAGGAGAAGAAGAAAACCAGAAGAUACGACAAACACAUUCGUUACGAAACAAGAAAGGCGAGGGCUGAUACUAGAGAACGAGUGAAAGGCCGGUUCAUCAAGUCAAGUGAAGCUUCCAACGACGCAUAAAGUUUCAGUGAUCAUCUUCUACCAACCAUAUUGAUUGAUAAUGCGAUUGCAGCCAUCUUGGCUCUCCCUCCUUGCACCUGUACAUUCGUCUUCCAUUGUAGAAAAAAUUAGAAGAAGAAAGUAAUAGCUAGAACAAGAAUAUGUAUGUGUAUCGAAUUCUACCGGAUCUCGUAUAGUUUUCCAAAUGAGAGUAUUAGGGGAAAGGAAAGGCCAUCAUUCCUUACCUACCAUUAUGUUGCAUAAUUUUGUUUUAGUUAAAUGAAAGGUCAUUAUAUACAUGACUUUUGUAGCAGCAAUUAUGGUAAUGAAUGAAUGCUGAAACACACUAAUGCCA